AUGGCCAAGCGAGUAACCACCUGGAUUCUUCGGUUCAUAAAGAAAACCAUGCGAAGAUUAAAAGAAGACACCAAGGAUAGAAUUGUAGCGCACAUUCCAGAGAUAAAGGAUGUUUUAGACGUACCCUGCAACAUCAAUGGAAGCGAAGUACGGGCAGGAAGAUAUGCACUGAUCCGCAACCACCAGCUGCUUUUCCUUACAAAGGAGUACCGGAAAAAUAUGGAAAACUCCUUACGACCCUACCUAGACAAGUGGAAUAUUUGGCGCUCGAAAGGGAGAAUGGGAAACUCCGCGCUCAACUCCGACACCAAAGAUCCCAUCCUUAUCACGCCAAACACGGCUCUUGCACAGCUUAUCAUACAGGAAGCUCAUGGACUGUACCAUAAAGGCAUUGAACAUACGAUAGCUACAGUAAGAGAACGCUACUGGAUUCCAAAACUGAGACAACAAGUCCGCAAGUACGUCAGUCACUGCAUCAAGUGUCGACGUUUCAACGCUUUGCCAUAUCAAUAUCCAGACUCCACAGACUUACCGGAACGACGAGUGCUGAAGAGCAAUCCCUUCCAACAUACUGGUCUCGAUUUUUUCGACCUACCACAGUGCGAGGAGAAUGAAAGAAGGAUAAAGUUAUACGGCUGCAUCUUCACUUGCACCGUCACCCGCCUCAUACAUCUUGAAAUCGUCCGGAGCCUGACAAUUGAAGAAUUCUUGAACGCGUUGCGACGCUUCAUAGCACGUCAAGGCAUACCAAAGACUAUCACAUGCGAUAACGCUCCAACUUUCCUGCUUGCCGCAAGCAUCAUAGAAGAGCAGAACAAUGGAUUAAGUGAACACACCGCUCAAAUCGUUUUAAACCGAGAAAUAGAGUGGAGGCACACACCCUAUUGA